AUGGCUGAGAUCGAAGGGAGAUUUCAUAACAUUUGGAAAAAAAUGUCAAUGAACAAAAGUUUAAGCCGGAUGGAUCGUGCUCGAAUGGCGGUUUGGGACUACCCGAUUGCUAACAAGUUCACAAACAUAUGGAGGCACAUGCAAAGAUCUAAACUGCCUAGCAACAUAGAUGAUGCAGUCCGUCGUGUACUUGACCCAGAAGAACAGUUCGCUUUUAUUGGUGAUGCUUCACACAUAAAAUACAUGGCUUAUACAAAUUGCCAGCUGCAGCAAGUUGGAACGGAACUUGCUCGCAAACCGUAUGCCAUAGCCGUGCAAUCUGGAAGUUAUCUUAGAGACCAGAUUUCCAGCGCAAUUUUGGUACUGCUCAACCAGAAACACCUCGAAACCCUCAAGGAAAAAUGGUGGGAGGAUAAUCCAAAAAGAGCAAUAUGUGCGGAUACAAGCGAUGAAAGCGACGGUAUUUCUGUUCAAAACAUUGGCGGAGUCUUCAUUUUUAUUUCAGCGGGAUUACUCCUCUCAGUGGUUACGCUCACAAUUGAGUGCUUUUAUCACAGAAGACAAAAUCUACACACUGUGGAGAAUCACAGGGACGACAAGGAAAAUAAAGAAACCAAUGGAACAACAAGCAUUGCUUCACCGCAUCAUCAUGACAACUGCGGGAACUCAUCAAAUCGUAACAAUCACAUUACAUCCUGCGGUACUGACAACGCAGGAUUUGAAUAUUAG